CCCAUAACUAACUCCCACCAAGUGCCCACCCCGGCCUCCAAGCCUGAGGGCAGCUUCGUCAUGGACUCCACGUCCAUCAUGAUGCCCACUUCACCGGCCCAUGCGGUCUCCCUCUCACUCACAAACGGCCACGGAUCACCGUAUGCGGCCAACACGACGGCGACGAACGGGCUCACCUACCACAGUGACAGCGAUUCGUCCAAUGCCCACGAGGACGCCGUAGCGGAGCCAGCCUCUGACGUCGACGCACCAGGCGAGGACGACGAUGACGACGUAGAGAUGGCACAGGACUCAGAUUCAACCGACGACGUGGAUGCUGAGGGCGAGGCAGACGGCGACUAUGACUCCGAGUCACCGCCGCCCGAGCAGGCGGAAAGUGACGAUGCCCGCAGCUCAGCGUCACAAGAGUCUAGGAGGCCCUCGAAACGGAAGGCCAGCCCGGAAGGAGAUGACUACAUCACACAGAAUCCCGAGUUAUAUGGCCUGCGUCGCAGUGGUCGAGCCAGGCCUCAUCGCCGAGUCGUCGAUAGCAGCGAUGAAGAUGAUGACUCUGGGUCAGAUGUGCCUCGUAAGCGCCAGCGCACAGCAUCGCGCAAAGCAUCGAAGCAGCCUACACCAGUGUACAGGUCAGCAAACUCUGACUCUGACUCUGAUGGUUAUGUCGGCCCUCGUCGCAGCAUGCCUACGAAGAAGGACCGCCAACGACAACAGCUCGUAGCCCAGGGAUCGCUGCCCCCAUCACAUGCAGAGGUCCGCUUCUCAUCACGUCGCACCGCCCAGGCUACGAACUAUAACGAAGAAGAUGAUGAAGACUCCUUCCUAGAGUCUGAGGACGAGACAAGACCUGCUUACUGGGUCGAUGUACCUGAAGAGGUUGGCCCCAUCAUCGACAAGGUGCUCGAUCACCGGCCUUUAGAGGGAACUGAGAUCGAUCCCUCGUAUGCGCAGAAGCAGGACUUUGAGUAUCUGAUCAAAUGGCAAGACAAGGCACACUAUCAUUCUUCGUGGGAGGACUACCGAACCGCAUCCACAUACAAAGGCUUCCGGAAGCUGGACAACUACUUCAAGGGUCCUGUGAUGGCCGACAUGUACGCUACGUACAAGCGAAAGUCGGAACCCGAGGAGUACGAGCAACACAUGGUCACCCGUGAGACUGAACGUCAAAGCCAGCUCGACUUCCAAGUCGUUGAGCGUGUUAUCGACGCACAAGACGGCGAAGAUGAGACUGAGUACUAUGUCAAAUGGAAGGGGUUGACUUACGAUGCUUGUACGUGGGAGCCUGCCUCCCUUGUCAGUGACCUGUCCCAGACUGAGAUCGACCGUUUCCUCGACCGCUCCUCAAACCGCCCGUCCUCGGACUUCAGCGAGUCAAACAUAAAGACACGGCGAAAGUUUGUAAAGCUGGACGAACAGCCAGACUACAUCAAGUUCGGUCGACUGAGGCCCUUCCAAUUGCAGGGCGUAAACUUCCUUGCCCACAACUGGUGCAGAGGGACUAAUGUCAUCUUGGCCGAUGAGAUGGGUCUCGGCAAGACCGUCCAGACUGUCUCGUUCAUGAACUGGCUGCGACAUGACCGUGGUCAGGACGGCCCCUUCAUCUGCGUAGUACCUCUCUCAACCAUGCCAGCCUGGGCAGACACAUUUAACAACUGGACGCCAGACAUCAAUUACGUCAUCUACACUGGCAGGGAAGACGCUCGCAGCAUCAUCAGAGACAAGGAACUCCUUGCUGAUGGCAACCCUAAGAAGAUAAAGUUCAACGUUCUGUUGACAACGUAUGAGUACGUCCUUGCUGAUUGGCAAUUCCUGUCAAGCAUCAAGUGGCAGUUCAUGGCUGUCGAUGAGGCGCACAGACUGAAGAACCGCGAGUCUCAACUGUACGAAAGGUUGCGAGCCUUUUCUGCACCGAGUCGACUACUCAUCACCGGCACGCCUAUUCAGAACACUUUGGGCGAGCUGGCUGCGUUGAUGGACUUUCUCAUGCCAGGUAUGAUCAACGUUGACGAGGAAGUCGAUCUUGCAUCGGAAGAUGCCAGCCACAAGCUCGCCGAACUCAGUGAAGCUAUCCAACCCUACAUGAUCCGCCGUACCAAGGAGAAGGUCGAGAAUGAUUUACCGCCGAAAUCUGAGAAGAUUCUUCGCGUUGAAUUGUCCGACAUUCAGCUUGAGUACUACAAGAACAUUCUCACCCGCAACUACGAAGCUCUCAACGAGGGCGGCGGGGGUCAAAAGCAAUCGUUGUUGAACAUUGUCAUGGAGCUGAAGAAGGCCAGUAAUCAUGCACUCCUCUUCCCCAACGCUGAGGCCAAAUUCAUUAAGGGUGACGCUACCAAAGACGAGACGCUCAAGGCUCUCAUCACCACAAGCGGAAAGAUGAUGUUGUUGGACCAGCUUUUGACCAAGCUCAAAAAGGAUGGUCAUCGUGUCUUGAUUUUCAGUCAGAUGGUUCACAUGCUUGACAUCUUGACUGAUUAUCUGAAGCUUCGAAACUACACAUUCCAGCGUUUAGACGGUACUGUCCCAGCGAGCGACAGGAAGAUCGCCAUAGAUCACUUCAAUGCCCCCGACAGUGAUGAUUACUGUUUCCUGUUGUCAACUCGCGCUGGUGGUCUAGGUAUCAAUUUGAUGACCGCUGACACAGUCGUUCUCUUCGACUCGGACUGGAAUCCUCAGGCAGAUCUGCAAGCCAUGGCUAGAGCUCAUCGUAUCGGUCAGCAGAAGCCCGUAAGUGUCUACCGUCUUGUGUCGAAGGACACUAUCGAAGAAGAAAUCUUGGAGCGAGCACGUAACAAGCGUAUGCUUGAGUUUAUCACUAUCCAGCACGGCGUUACAGAUCGCCAGCAAAAGGAGCUGAGCGACAAAAUGAACCGUGCUGCCGCGGAGCCAAACUCUGCAGAGGAUAUCAACCAGAUUCUGAAACGCCGUGGUCAGAAGAUGUUCGAACAAUCAGGGAACCAGAAGAAGCUCGAAGAGCUUGACAUCGAUUCGGUUCUAGAGAAUGCCGAAGAACACAAGACUGAGCAGGCUGCAGGUCUGACAUCUGAUGGUGGUGCGGAGUUCUUGAAAAACUUUGAGUACACUGAUGUUAAGAUCGAUCUGGAGUGGGACGACAUCAUUCCAAAGGAAGAGCUCGAGGUGGUCAAAGCGGAGAUACAGCAACGCAAGGACGAGGAGCAGACACAGAAGCUUCUUGAUGAGAGCGCUCCUCGCAAACGCAAGGCGGCUGCUGCAAGUGCACGAGAGCAACGUGCUGCGAAGAAGCGCGCCCUGGAAGCCGCACGGGACGUUGAUAUCGACGACGACGAGCCAUCGGAGGAUGACACCGUCAAGCGAGAUCCCAAGCGUCCCCUCAACACAAAGGAGACCCGAAACCUGGUACGCGCCUACGAACGAUACGGUUCGCUCGAGGAGCGAGCGGAAGAGAUGCUGAAAGCUGCUAAGCUUGUUGGCCGCGACAUGGACAUCAUCAGCAAAACCCUCAACACUAUCAUCACCACCAGCCAAGAUCUUGUCAAGCAGGAACAAGAGAGACUCAAAAAGUUAGAGAUCGACGAGAAUCGGGCCAUCACCAAGAAAGACAAGAAGGCUGUACUCUUCGACUUCAACGGCGUCAAGAAGCUAAAUGCUGAGACCAUCAUCGAUAGGCCCAUCGAGAUGCGCAUUCUCAAAGAAGCAGUUGAGAGUGUCCAAGAUUGGCACAACUUCCGUAUUGCUGAUGCCAUCAAACCCGCGAGUUACUCUUGUCCUUGGGGCGCCCGAGAAGACGGCAUGCUCAGUGUGGGUAUCUCUCGUCACGGUUAUGGUGCCUGGGUGCAGGUUCGUGACGACCCAGAACUUGGACUGACUGACAAGUUCUUCUUGGAAGAGCACCGUGUCGACAAGAAAGAGGAACGCACUAAAGGCGAAGAAAAGAAUGCGAAGUCGCCCGGUGCGGUACACUUGGUACGCCGUGCCAACUACCUUCUCACUGUCCUGAAGGACAAGACCGGUGCCGAUCCAAACGUCAAGCGUCUCAUGGAGAACCAUCACCGCAACAACAAAAAGCAUCACCUGAACGCCGCUCGCCGAACCGACAAAGCUUCCAGCGUUUCCGCUAGCCCCGUUCCUCCAGGUCAUGCCAGAAAGGUUGCAUCGCGCGACGUAACUCGGCCGGUCCAACGCACACAGAGCAACAGCGACAUCCGGCGUUCAGAAGGUCGGUCCGAUCACAGACAACACGAUAAACCCAGGCACAGUGACCAAUACCGAUCUACGGAUCGUAAUCGCGAAGAUCGAGGAAGCGUUGACAGACGGUCAGAACUCCCUGAACGCACCAACACUCCAGAAUUUCGACGAAAGAUCAGUGGCGACCUGGAGCGACAGCGUUCUCGAGAAGAUCGGCCUCGGCUCUCGGAGGAGCGACCUCGCCCACCCAGCCAGAGCCAAAAUCAUAAUCGCAGUGUCGACUUGACUCCUAAGGCGAUCAAAGAGAAGAAGCCGGAGGACUUCGUGGAACGUAAGAUGCGACCAGUCCGAGACAACUUGAGUCGCUUGAAGAAAGCAACAGCGAAGAAUUAUCCACAAAAGGAGAUCAUGAUCAAGGUUCUUAAGACGGAACUGAUUGCUAUCGGCAACUUCAUCCGUGCAGAGACCCGCGACAAUGCCGAGCUGGAAGAGCGCUUGUGGAACUACACGGUUAACAACCACUGGCCACGUACCGGCGUUACCGUCCCUCAGGUCAAAGGAAUGUACAGUAAGAUGCGCAGCUCCGAGAUGAGCAGCAAACAGUCUGCAGCCCCGCAGCAGAGCAACGGACAAAAGACAGAGACAAAACAUACUUAAAGAGGUGGCGCGCUUCGGCGAUUAUAACAAAGACCAUAUGCACGGCGUUUUCGAUCGUGUGGCGGAAUCAAAUUUGAUUCUUGGGCAUAGCGUAGGUGUUCGGCUGUUGGACUAUUCGAUGCAUUUCUCUUGAGCAUCAUUUGCUUUGUUUUAUUGCAUGAGCCGCUACAGGCGUGCUCGACACGGUGUUCACAUGGAAUCAGAAGAGGCGCAUCACCAGGGACGUAACACGGCGGUGUUGCAUGAGCAUUUACGAUAUCUGGCAUGGGCACGUGCACAUUAUACCUCUACAUGGCAGAGGCACGACUGUCAAACAGGGCCGAUAUCCUUCGCGAGAUUCUGCAUUUACACCCAGUGGUGGCAUAGCUGCUGCCUAGAGACAAUCAACAAUCAUAUUCAACACUUGUAUUCUCGUGUGAUCUGCCCG